AAAAACCCAUAAAGAUUCCAACUUUCGUGAAGAAGAAACAUUUACGAAAGACUGAUUGAUCUUCCAAGUAGGAUUAACAGUUAUCCUAGAAGAAGCAACAUCAUGGUAAAAAAAGGAAGUUGGUUUUCUGCAAUAAAGAGAGUUUUCACAUCAAAUGAAACAGAGAAGAAAGGGUCCAAAGAGAUCAAGAAUGAUAGGUCAUGGAAAUUGAAACAUGGAGAGAACAAAUCAUUCAUUCCCCAUUUCUUCUUCUUCUUCUCCAGAGAGCCAACCAGCAUAGAAAGAAUCUUGGAAGAAGCAGAUGAGGAAGAGAAGAAGAAACUGUUUGUACAACAACCUCAUCCUCCUCCAAGGAUUGUUUCUUUUAGACUGCAAUAUCAACACCACCAAUCAGCUACUAAGAUUCAAUCAGCCUAUAGGGCUUAUAUGGCAAGGAGGAGUUUCAAGGCAUUAAGGGGACUAAUGAGACUUCAAAGAAUGGUGAAAGGGCAAAAUGUAGAGAAACAAACAAUUAACACCAUGAAGAUGAUGCAACUUCUUGUAAGAGUCCAAACACAGAUACAAUCAUUAAGGAUGGUACCUAAGGAAGAAGGAAAAUCAAGGUUGCAGAAGAAAGUAGAUAGGGCAAUGGACAAAUAUCCUUGGUGGUGGAACUGUCUAGAACUCGGGCGAAAACUACCAGGUCCACAACCACCACCUGAUCAUGGGUCUUCCAUGAAGAACAACAUUGGAAUUGGAUUCGACAAUCUCUUUUUAUUAACUCUUACACCACCAAGUUGUUCCAUAAACUCGGGUUUCACAAUGAAGAGGAGAAGCAUUAAGCCAAGAGGAGGCAAUGAAGCAGAUGAUUAUGCAUUUGAUCUGCAUCUUCUUAAGGAUGACAAUUACAGUCUGAGUAGUUGCCCCAGGCCAUACUCUGUACCAAAUUACAUGACAUCUACCAUCUCUGCCAAGGCUAAGUUAAGGAACAGCAAACUGAUCAGAGAUUCAUUUCUAUCUCCAGGGAUGACUACAAUUAAUAAUCAUUCAAAGAAGUGCUCUUCCAUGAAGGUUCUAGAUCAACAUCUUCUUCAUGCUAUGGGAAAUACAAGUAUUGACUCAACUAUUUCCAUGCCUGCAGUACUAUUUGCAGGAAGGAGGAAACCGUUUAAUAGAUUUGUGUGAUCCAUUGUUUGCUUGUUUGCAUUCUUUCUCUUUAUACAUACUACUUACUAUA